AUGAUGCAAAAUCAGUUAAUUGCAUCUUCUAAGGGGGAUAAUAAGCCACAAAUUCCUCAAAUCACAGCUGGACCAACAAGACAUCAAUUUCACUCUUCUUCAUCUAAAGAAAAGAAAAUUAAAGAAGAUGAUCAGGAUGAUUCCCAGGAUCCAAUGGAUUUUAAUGACAAUGAGGACAUGGAAAUGCAUCUUGGAGCAUUCCAUAAUUUAGAAGGCUUGGACUUUGAAAUAAUUGUUAAAAUAGGGGUGAGCUCGGAGCCCAAAGUUUCAACAAAAGAAUUCAAAAUUGGAGUAGCCUCUGGUAUUGCUCCAAAGCCCAAGGCUUCCCCAGGAUUGGGGUUUAGGACCAAAUCAAUGAAAUUGGUUGCAACCCUUCCUCUUCCCAUUCCUUUUCUUCUGGGGCUUCUUAGGGGAUUAGAUGAUGGUGCUUCCAAAGCUCGAGCAGCUCUGCACCCUUUAAGUAGUUGA